AUCUUGCUUAAUUGCUGCUGCUAUAUGGGUCGGAUUUGCGAUGGCUUUUCGGUUCUGGGGAAGAUUUUGAGGGGCGGUUAUAGGCCAGGCACUGUGACUUUCACUAUUUUAAUUCGGUGUUUGUGUAUGAAAGACAAGAUUGGUGAAGCAACUAGGUUGUUUAGAAACAUGUCUAUGUUUGGAUGUUUUCCUAACGCAAUUACUUAUGGUACCAUUAUUGGUGCCCUUUGUAAGCAUGGUAGGGUUGAGAAUGCAAAACAACUUUUCUUGGAAAUGAAAAAUAGAGGAAUUUCUCCAAAUUUGAAUGCUUAUAACUCCAUCCUUCAUGGUUUAUGUUGUUUGGAGAAUUUGGAGGCAGCAAAAGGCUUAUUCCUCAAGAUGCUGGAUGAAAGAGUGCAGGCUGAUGUGGUAACCUUCAAUGUUUUGAUAGAUGCGCUUAGCAAAAAAGGGAGGAUGGCUGAAGCAAAUGAAUUAAUAGACUUGAUGAUUAAGAGAGGUCAUCAUCCUGAUAGAGUUACUUAUAACAUUAGAAUCAAUGCACUUUGUAAAGAAGGCAAGAUGGAAGAAGCAAAUAAAUUGGUGGAUUUGAUGAUUAAACAUGGUCAGCAUCCUAAUACAGUAACUUAUAACACAUUGAUUAAUGCACAUUGCAAGGAAGGAAGGAUGAAAGAAGCAAAGGCACUGUUUGAGUUGAUGACUCAGCGAGGUCAACAUCCCAACACUGUAACUUAUAACACAUUCAUUGAUGCACUCUGCAAAGAAGGAAGGAUGGAAGAAGCAAGUAAAUUGGUAGAUUUGAUGAUUCAACAAGGUCAGCAUCCUGACACAGUAACUUAUACCACAUUGCUUGAUGCGCUCUGCAAAAAAGGAAGGAUUAAUGGAGCAAUUAAAUUGGUAGAUUUGAUGAUUCAGCAAGGUCGGUAUCCCAACAGAGUAACGUAUAACACUUUGAUUGGCAGACUUUGCAAAGAGGGGAGGAUAGAAGAAGUGAAUGUAUAUUAUGUAUUUUUAGACUCAAUGAUUAAGAGAGGUCAACAUCCUGACACAGUAACUUACACCACAUUGAUUGACGUGCUCUGCAAAGAAGGAAAGCUGGAAGAAGCAAAUAAAUUGGUAAUUUUGAUGAUCGAUCAAGGUCAGCAUCCUAACACAGUAACUUAUAGCACGUUAAUUGAUGCCCUUUGCAAAAAAGGAAGGAUGAAAGAUGCAAAUAAAUUGGUAGAAUUGAUGAUUCAGCAAGGUCAACAUCCUAACACAAUUACUUAUAACAUCAUGAUCAAUGGGUUGUGUAAAAAUGGGCAACUAGAGAAGGCAAAAGACUUUUUAAGCGAAAUGGAGGUGAAGGGUUGUGCUCCGAAUGUGGUGACAUUUAAUACACUGAUUUCUUGUUUUGCUGACAACAAGGACACCUCCAAAAUUGUGGAACUGCUAUGGAGAAUGGCAGAGAAAAACUUAUCACCUAAUACAAUCACCAUUUCCUUCGUCUUAAGUUUACUGUUUAAAUUGAAUGAUGAAAUGCGUCAAGAAUUUCUGAACUUGCUUCCAACAUUUUCUACCCGAGAGCAACCGCGCAGAUGACGAACUGAAACUUGGUUGGCUAAGUUGAGUUUUGGGUUGCAUUAAAUCAUUCGUCAGAUUCAUGAAGAUUGAGGAUAGAGCAGUCAAGUAGGAUAUGCUAUGUUUCCGUUUUCUCUUUGGUUGUUUGCAGCCUCCUCUGUAAUACUAGUUGUUAUGCAUGAAUAAAAGAAAAUUUGUUUC